AUGCGGCUCAUUGCGCUAGGCUCCUCCUUCGCCGCAGGACCCGGCAUCGAGCCACAGGUCGACCUCGAUGCAGGAAGAAGCUCCAAUAACUAUCCGAACUACUUUGCCCGCCGACUCAAUCUCGACCCCACCGACCCCACACAAUUUCUCGACCUCACCGUCUCCGGCGCCACAUUGCUCAAUCUCAUUUCCGAACCCCAACAAGCGGGAAGCACAACAUUCCCACCACAGCUCGAUUCUCUGCCUCCUCUCGAGCCCGGUAACGAUGGCAGCGAUCUGAUCAUCACAGUGACCGGAGGCGGCAACGACAUGUUCUACAUCGGCUCGAUGUUCGCAUACACCCUCAAGCAUACGCUGUGGGGCAGGCUCGUGAGCUACUUUCUGAUGAGCAAGGAGGAAAGGAAAGCUUUCGAACAUCCCACGAUGGCUACGGCAGAACAGGUCUCGGAACGCUUCACCAUCUUGCUGGACAGGAUCGAGGAAAAGUAUCCACAAGCGACAGUGUACCUGGUCGAAUACUUUGCCAUGAUGGGUCCGGACACCAAAGCCGGUAGAGAUGUCGUAUGGGAUCAGGAGCAGAUCCAAAGGUACAGUGACACAGCCGACUUGCUACAGGAGCUGUAUGCCAAGGCAGCACAGGGGCGCAAGAACGUUCACGUCGUGCCAUUGGCAGAGGAAACAAAACAGAAGCAUGCGUUGGGAUCAAAAGACCCUUGGGUGUCCGAUGGAUCCAUCUGGGAAUUUUACACCCACGGCGCAUACCACCCCAGCCAAAAGGGUAUGCUGGGCGCAUCAGACAUCCUCUUUGACUUUCACUCGAAACGAUGCACUGACAAGCGAUUCCAGUGA